GCAAUAGCAGCAGGCUACACAAACACAAAUCUAUUCUAAUAUUAGCUACUCCAAUAAUACACAGGAGUGUUCUUCGAACGCCGACAGAGGACUUCGAUUUUGUACCACCUACUGCUUUUCUGCUCAUACCCAACCGGAGAGGGGGUAAAAAACGAGGGACUAAUUCCAAAAAGAGUUAAAGCGGCCUAUUUUUGUUCCUGAUGCCGCCGCUGCAAACUCGCGCGGCUGGCGUAAAUAUACUCCGGUGCUCUCACUGGCGGUUAUUUUACUUCUUCAACAAAGAUUUCCACACUAUCUUCCCCACUACCUCUUCCAGUGUACCCCCUCGUAUUAGCUAUCAUGCGCUAACUGGCUUUACCUUUAACUCAGUGCGCUAACGGGAGCCAAGACGGCCUGUUUUGUUUUCGCGGCGUAGCCGCCAUGAACCACAGACAACAACAGAAUCUGUGCUGCUCGCUAACGUUAGCUAUCACUGUCUACGUGCCCCGAAUAUGCAGGCCAAAAGGAGAGGAGCCAACUUUAGCUAAGAAUCUAAAGAAAAUGCGAAUAAGGAUGGUGGAAGGAGGGAGAAUAAACGAAUAAGCUUUGACUAUUAACGUAAACAAAGCAGCUCUUUUUGAAUCUGGUACAAAGGUGUCUAGCAGUGUAUAAUUGGAGGCCGGAGAAGGAGAAAGCGCAACCGACCACACCAGUGACUGUAUUGUUGUCGAAUAACCAGCGAGGACUGCUCGCACCACGGAUUGCGUGGAAGACGAGUGAACGGGCUUUGCUGAAUUAAUUCCAUUUUGAAUACAUUUUUGCUCCAGAUUAAUUUUUUAUAUAGCUAUUAAUGGGAUUUACAGUUUUAUGUUUAUGCCAUGAUGAUCAUUUGGGCAUAUUUUGUGCCGUGGAAAAGGGGAAAGCGCUAGUCUUAAAGAUGGAUUGGUUGUGAUUAUGAACACAGUAAUGUAAUGUUCAACCCGUGCUACCAGAUCAUAUACUAAAUGUGUGUGUUUGUAGCUGUGAUUUGCUGCUAGCUGUGUCACACAUCAAUUUGCCUAUUUGGUGCAUAUAUAUUAGCCAAAAUAGUGCUGGUGUCAAACUAAACUAGGUUAGCAGUUAGCUAACUACAUCACCCAUCUAUGCCCUCGACACAGCUCGCCUGCUCCCCGCCUCCUUUGGCCAAUAAUAAAACGGACAAAAAGGGAGUCGCGAGCCCCUUCCCCGUUUAACGGGAGCCACGGGACUUUCGCCGGAGUCAAGGACCUGUGCGUUUGUUUAUUUUGCAUUUUUCUCGGACUGGAUGUUUCUGUCUCUUGGCUGCUGAGAUGAACCCGGUGAAUGCGACCACUCUGUACGUGUCCGCGUGUCGUUCGGUGCUGCAGUGCGACCCUCGCGACCCCCGGGCCCUGGCGGACCUCUACAAGCUGCUCCCGUUCUUCCGCCAGUCUCUGUCCUGCCUCGUGUGUGGUAAGUGCACCGGUAUUAUUAUUUUUACGGCCUCGGUUCCCCUGUAGAUAUCCAGCUAACUGCUAUAGCUAACUAGCCUAGCUGUAUCCCCACCAUGACACACCCCCAUUCCCAUUGAAUGUCGGAGCAACUAUUUAGCUGAUGGCGUAGAGCUGUGUAGCUUCGCAAGCUAGCUACUGCACAUCUCAUUAUGAUCCAAUAAAAUGCAUUCCAUAGUUACACAUACUGAUCCAGACUGGCUAAUUUGACCGGAUUGUUUGCAUGAACUAGUUAACCAGUUAGCUACUACACUGGUUAGUUACAUUUCCGCAUUCAUCCAGCUAACUAGCUCCAUAUGUAACUAAAUCACUGUCGGGAGAGGUGUAUGUAUUUGUACAGGCAGAACAGGAGUGUUUCCCCCCCAAAAAAAUAUUGAUUAAUUCAUGAAGCAUUCAUCCUUCUCUCCUGUUCCCUCCUGAUUUUUUAUUUUUUUUUGGGGGGGGGGGGGGUUCUGUGUUGUGACAUGAUGCGUGUAUGCGCAGUCUUUAAAAAUGUAUCUCGACAUAAACCCCGGUGCGGAGUAGAUGCACGAGCGCCGUAAAGACUACUACUGUACUGCUGCUGUGUGUUUUCUCCGUUUUUUAUUAUUUGGAACGAUUGCCUAAGCAUAGAUAUACGUUAGCCUUCCCCGUCACUGUUACAAAUUAUUGAGUAUGAGGUUCAUUCAAUGGGGUGAGGUUUUCCUCUGUUACUCCAGUCCUCACACGCAAUGUUUACUUUGACAGGUGCAUAGUAAAAUACCUAUUUUGUUGUGUGUAGGCAGCGACUCGGGUAACUGCCAAAAUAAAGGAAACGCAUAGUGUCUUAAUAGGGCGUUGGGCCACCACGAGCCAGAACGGCUUCAAUGCACCGUGGCAUAUAUUCUAGUAUCUGGAACUCUAUUGGAGGGAUGCGACACCCUCUUACAUUUACAUUUUAGUCAUUUAGCAGACGCUCUUAUCCAGAGCGACUUACAGUUAGUGAGUGCAUACAUUUUUCAUGCACUUCCACGAGAAAUUCCAUAGUUUGGUGUCUUGUUGAUGGUGGUGGAAAACACUGUCUCAGGUGCUGCUCCAGAAUCUCCCGUAAGUGUUAAAUUGGGUUGAGAUCUGGUGAUUGAGAUGGCAUAUGGUUUACAAAGUUUUCAGGCUCAUCAAACCAUUCAGUGACCACUCUUGCCCUGUGGGUAGACAAAAUAAUGGCCUCCCAGCAGUUUUUCACAUUACCCUAAGCAUGAUGGUAUGUUAAUAGCCGAAUUAACCCAGGAACCAUACCUGCUUUCAAUAUAUUUUGUAGCCCUCAUUUACUCAAGUGUUUUCUUUAUUUUGGCAGUUACCUGUACAUUUGUGAUUUUUGGUGCCAUAAAACUGCAGUCAAAUCACAUUUUAUUUGUCACGUGCCGAAUACAACCGGUGUAGACCUUAAAGUGAAAUGCUUACUUACAAGCCCUUAACCAACAAUGCAGUUUUAAGAAAAAUAAGUGUUAAGUAAAAAAUCGAUAAGUAAUUUUUUUUAUUUUUUUUAAAUUCAGAAAUAAUUAAAGAGCAGCAGUAAAAUAACAGUAGCAAGGCUAUAUACAGGGGGUACCGGUACAGAGUCAAUGUGUGGGGGCACAGGUUAGUCGAGGUAAUAUAUACAUGUAGGUAGAGUUAAAGUGACUAUGCAUAGAUAAUAAACAGAGUAGCAGCAGCGUAAAAGGGGGGGGGGGGGGGGGACUAUGCAAUUUAGAGUAUCUGAAUGAAUUUAGUGUGUGACGAGUAGAGGAUGCAUCCUAGUCUGUCCUGUAUCUAAGGCGUGUUUGUUGUCCUUUAUAAAUGGAACUCCCUUCAUCCCUCCAUUCCUCCCUCUCGCAAGCCCCCUCUCUCAGCUGCCAUCCCUAACAACCGCCGUAGCUAAGGAAGCUGCUCUCAAAGCACAGCUGUCAUCAAGCCUUGCAGAGGCAGUCAGUCUUGAGCUGCCUCUUAAUAUGACCUUUUAUAAAUGAUUGAAAUAAGCAUACAGAAUAUGAACCCUCUACACUUACUAUCUGAACCAUGUUAAACUACACUGGACAAAAAUAUAAACGCAACAUGUAAAGUGUUGGUCCAUGUGCUACAAGACCAUGGUGCUUGCCUACGGAGCUGUGAGGGGAAUGGCACCUCCUUACCUUCAGGCUCUGAUCAGUCCCUACACCCAAACGAGGGCAUUGUGUUCUUCCACCUCUGGCCUGCUGGUCCCCCUACCUCUGCGGAAGCACAGUUUCCGCUCAUCCCAGUCAAAACUGUUCGCUGCUCUGGCACCCCAAUGGUGGAACAAGCUCCCUCACGAUGCCAGGACAGCGGAGUCACUGACCACCUUCCGGAGACACUUGAAACCCUACCUCUUUAAGGAAUACCUGGUAUAGUAUAAAAGGAAUCCUUCCCAUGGCUGCACCCCAGCCCAGUUUUGUGGAAUCCAUAGAUUAGGGCCUAAUUUAUUUAUAUCAAUUGACUGAUUUUCUUAUAUGAACUGUGACUCAGUAAAAUAUUUAAAAUUGAGGCAUGUUGCGUUUUAUAUAUAUUUUCAGUAUAUUAAGAUGGCAAAGGGGAUAAUUUCAACCUUUAGGCUUUAAUGUCGUUGACUUAAUUGAUAUGCUAUUGCUUUGAUGUUGUGCUCAUUGCAUUAGAGUUGAAUAUUCAGAGCAGAACAGCAAUUUAAUUAAUCACUUCUUUAUUGAUAUAUAUUAGUACCAGUCAAAAGUUUGGACACCCCUACUUAUUCAAGGGAUUUUCAUUUAUUUUUUACUAUUUUCUACAUUGUAGAAUAAUAGUGAAGACAUCAAAACUAUGAAAUAACACAUAUGGAAUCAUGUAGUAACCAAAAAAGUGUUAAACAAAUCAAAAUAUAUUUCUUCAAAUAGCCACCCUUUGCCUCUGCUAAAUGGCAUAUUAUUAUUAUUAUUAUUAUGACAGCUUUGCACGCUCUUGGCAUUCUCUCAACCAGCUUCACCUGGAAUGCUUUUCCAACAGUCUUGAAGGAGUUCCCACAUAUGCUGAGCACUUGUUGGCUGCUUUUCCUUCACUCUGCCUUCUGACUCAUCCCAAACCAUCUCAAUUGGGUUGAGGUCGGGGGAUUGUGGAGGCCAGGUCAUCUGAUGCAGCACUCCAUCACUCUCCUUCUUGGUAAAAUAGCCCUUACACAGCCUGGAGGUGUGUUGGGUUAUUGUCCUGUUGAAAAACAAAUGAUAGUCCCACUAAGCCCAAACCAGAUGGGAUGGCGUAUCGCUGCAGAAUGCUGUGGUAGCCAUGCUGGUUAAGUGUGACUUAAAUUCUAAAUAAAUCAGUGUCACCAGCAAAGCACACCAUAACACCUCCUCCUCCAUGCUUUACGGUGGGAACUACACAUGUGGAGAUCAUCCGUUCACCCACACUGCGUCUCACAAAGACACAGCGAUUGGAACCAAAAAUCUCAAAUUUGGACUCCAGACCAAAGGACACAUUUCCACCGGUCUAAUGUCCAUUGCUUGUGUUUCUUGGACCAAGCAAGUCUCUUCUUAUUGGUGUCCUUUAGUAGUGGUUUCUUUGCAGCAAUUUAACCAUGAAGGCCUUAUUCACACAGUCCCCUCAACAGUUGAUGUUGAGAUGUGUCUGUUACUUGAACUCUGUGAAGAAUUUAUUUGGGCUGCCAUUUCUGAGGCUGGUAACUCCUAUGUUUCACAGAGUCGUGGCUGAACAAAGAUAUGAGUAACAUACAGCUGGCGGGUUAUACACUGUAUCGGCAGGAUAGAACAACAGCCUCUGGUAAGACAAGGGGUGGCGGUCUAUGUAUAUUUGUAAAGAACAGCUGGUGCACAAUAUCUAAGAAAUUCUCGAGGUUUUGCUCGCCUGAGGUAGAGUAUCUCAUGAUAAGCUGUAGCCCACACUAUCUACCAAGAGAGUUUUCAUCUAUAUUCUUCGUAGCUGUCUAUUUACCACCACAAACCGAUGCUGGCACUAAGACCGCACUCAAUGAACUUUAUACAGCCAUAAGCAAACAGGAAAACACUCAUCCAGAGGCGGCGCUCCUAGUGGGCGGGGACUUCGAUGCAGGGAAACUUAAAUCCGUUUUACCUCAUUUCUACCAGCAUGUUAAAUGUGCAACCAGAGGGGAACUGGCUAUCAUAAGUUGAAUGCACCAAUUUGUAAGUCGCUCUGGAUAAGAGUGCCUGCUAAAUGAUGUAAAUGUAUAUGUAAAAAAAACUCUAGACUGCCUUUACUCCACACACAGAGACGCGUACAAAGCUCUCCCUCACCCUCCAUUUGGCAAAUUUGACCAUAAUUCUAUCCUCCUGAUUCCUGCUUACAAGCGAAAACUAAAGCAGGAAGCACCAGUGACUCGGUCAAUAAAAAAGUGGUCAGAUGAAGCAGAUGCUAAGCUACAGGACUGUUUUGCUAGCACAGACUGGAAUAUGUUCCGGGAUUCUUCCGAUGGCAUUGAGGAGUACACCACAUCAGUCACUGGCUUCAUCAAUAAGUGCAUCUACGAUGUCGUCCCCACAGUGACUGUACGUACAUACCCCAACCAGAAGCCAUGGAUUACAGGCAGCAUCUGCAAUGAGCUAAAGGGUAGAGCUUCCGCUUUCAAGGAGGGGACUCUAACCCGGAAGCUUAUAAGAAAUCCCGCUAUGCCCUCCGACGAACCAUCAAACAGGCAAAGCGUCAAUACAGGACUUUGAUCGAAUCGUACUACACCGGCUCCGACGCUCGUCGGAUGUGGCAGGGCUUGCAAACUAUUACAGACUACAAAGGGAAGCACAGCCGCGAGCUGCCCAGUGACAUGAGCCUACCAGACAAGCUAAAUUACUUCUAUGCUCGCUUCGAGGCAAGUAACACUGGAACAUGCAUGAGAGCAUCAUCUGUUCCAGACGACUGUGUGAUCACGCACUCCGUAGCCGAUGUGAGUAAGACCUUUAAACAGGUCAAUAUUCACAAGGCCGCAGUGCCAGACUGAUUACCAGAGCGUGUUCUCCGAGCAUGCGCUGACCAACUGGCAAGUGUCUUCACUGACAUUUUCAACCUCUCCCUGUCUGAGUCUGUAAUACCAACAUGUUUCUAGCAGACCACCAUAGUCCCUGUGCCCAAGAACACUAAGGUAACCUGCCUAAAUGACUACCGACCCGUAGCACUCACGUCUGUAGCCAUGUAGUGCUUUGAAAGGCUGAUCAUGGCUCACAUCAACACCAUUAUUUCACACCUGGACAAAAGGAACACCUAUGUGAGAAUGCUAUUCAUUGACUACAGCUCAACGUUCAACACCAUAGUGCCCUCAAAGCUCAUCACUAAGCUAAGGACCCUGGGACUAAACACCUCCCUCUGCAACUGGAUCCUGGACUUCAUGAUGGGCCUCCCCCAGGUGGUAAGGGUAGGUAACAACACAUCCGCCACGCUGAUCCUCAACACUGGGGCCCCUCUGGGGUGCGUGCUAAGUCCCCUCCUGUACUCCCUGUUCACUCAUGAAUGCAUGGUCAGGCACGACUCCAACACCAUCAUUAAGUUUGCCGGUGACACAACAGUGAGACAGCCUAUAGGGAGGAGGUCAGAGACCUGGCUGUGUGGUGCCAGGAAAACAACCUCUCCCUCAACGUGAUCAAGACAAAGGAGAUGAUUGUGGACUACAGGAAAAAGAAGAAGACCAAGCACGCCCCCAUUCUCAUCGACGGGUCUGUAGUGGAGCAGGUUGAGAGUUUCAAGUUCCUUGGUGUCCACAUCACCAACAAACUAACAUGGUCCAAGCACACCAAGACAGUCGUGAAGAGGGCACGACAAAACCUAUUCCCCCUCGGGAGACUGAAAAGAUUUGGCAUGGGUCCUCAGAUCCUCAAAAGGUUCUACAGCUGCACCAUUGAGAGCAUCCUGACUGGUUGCAUCACUGCCUGGUAUGGCAACUGCUCGGCCUCCGACCGCAAGGCACUACAGAGGGUAGUGCCUACGGCCCAGUACAUCACUGGGGCCAAGCUUCCUGCCAUCCAGGACCUCUAUACCAGGCGGUGUCAGAGGAAGGCCCUCAAAAUUGUCAAAUACUCCAGCCACUCUAGUCAUAGACUGUUCUCUCUGCUACCGCACGGCAAGCGGUACCGGAGCGCCAAGUCAAGAGGCUUCUAAACAGCUUCUACCCCCAAGCCAUAAGACUCCUGAAUAUCUAAUGAAAUGACUACCCAGACUAUUUGCAUUGCCCCCCCCCCCCCUUCUUUUACGCUGCUGCUACUCUCUGUUUAUCUAUGUAUAGUCACUUUAAUUACACAACCUACAUGUACAUAUGACCUCAAUUACCUCGACUAACCGGUGCCCCCGCACAUUGACUCUUUACCGGUACCCCCUGUAUAUAGCCUCACUAUUGUUAUUUUUACUGCUGCUCUUUAAUUAUUUCGUACCUUUAUUUCGUAUUAUUUUAUAUAGUAUGUUUUUGUGAAUUUUUUGGGUAUUCUUUCUUAAAACUGCAUUGUUGGUUAAGGGCUUGUAAGUAAGCAUUUCACUGUAAGGUCUACACCUGUUGUAUUCGACGCAUGUGACAAAUACAAUUUGAUUUGACUUUGAAGAAUCUCAAAUAUAAAAUAUAUUUUGAUUUGUUUAACACUUUUUUUGGUUACUACAUGAUUCCAUAUAUGUUAUUUCAUGGUUGUGAUGUCAUUCUUCACUAUUAUUCUACAAUGUAGAACAUUUUAAAAAAUAAAGAAAAACCCUUGAAUGAUUAGAUAUGUCCAAACUUUUGACUGGUACUGUAUAUAGCCCACCUCCGUACUCAUUAUCAUCAGUCCACCGCUAAGCUUCAUAUCAACUCGCUAUUAAUAAUUGUGGCUCCUGUUUAUGGUUUGAGUUGUCAUGUUGUAUGGCCGAUUUAUAAUGCUGGAGUGAUUUCCAUCAAUGGUUCUCACCCAGUCGAAUAAAGGAUAAAUACAUGUUGUAAAUGUUGUCUUGCUAUAAAUGACUACUAAUUAUUCUCCUCUCCGUGUCUCUCCAGGUAACCUGCUGCAGGACCCCAUAGCGCCCACUAACUCCCAGUGCCAGCACUAUGUGUGUCGGGGCUGUAAGGGCCAGAGGAUGCUGCUCAAGCCGUCCUGUUCCUGGUGUAAAGACUACUCCCGCUUCCAGGAGAACAGACAGCUCUCCUUAUUGGUCCACUGCUACAGGAAACUCUGCCUCUACAUCGCCCAAUCACCUCUCGCCCCGCACAUCGCCAGUGCAGCCAGCGAUUCGCCCGACCUCCUCGCCAUUCUUAAUGAGGGCCUUUCAUUGGCCGAAAGCGGGCAGGAAGGGGAGGACACUGCGGAUUCGGCGAGCCAGUCUCCCCCGACGGCCCCAUCAACGUCUGGCCUCAGACUUGAUGAGGCUCCGGCUGCAGAGGAGAGCCAGGAGGAGGGGCUUAGCCCUGUGGGCGGGGUUAAUGGGCUGCAUGACUGUAACGGCCUGGCCAAUGAGGAUGUGCCACCACCUGUUACCUUAGCUACAGGGGGAGGUGUUCUGAAGCAGGAGAGCUUGGGGGAGGAGCUACCUGUGUGUGUUGGCAUGUUAGGUAGUGGGGAGGCGGGACUUUGUGACAUCAGCACGUUUGGGGGGGAGCUUAAUAAACAUGGUGGAGGUACGUUGUUGUUGAGCGUGGAGGAGGUUCUUAGGACCCUGGAGCCCGAACCUGAACCACCCGACCCCCAGCCAGACUUUCCCUCUGUUCCCCCCCACAACGGAUCUUACUGCCAUCCUACCCCUGACUCCCCUUGCCUCACCCCGUCCCUCCCCCCAGAGAACAUCCCUAGACUUCCCCUGCCUCUCCCCCAGCCCAUCCCUGCUCUCCCCCGCCUACCCCCUCGCUGCCACCGCAAGCGUUCACGCUCUGAGAGCGACAGUGAGAAGGUGCAGCCCCUCCCCAUCGCCAGCAUCCUCAGAGGCUUACCCCUGGGCACCACCAACGCCUCUCAAUUCCCCAACCCAGCCGCCACUGUCAAACGGGAACCCAAACUCCCCUCCGCCAUCACCCCGCCUCACCUGGCGCCCGUGCCCAACGGAGGGCCUCCAAAGUUGGGCAAGACAAUGCUGGUUUCUUCCAAGGGCCUGAAGAAGAGCCUGGAGCACCACGGGGGUCCUAAAAAAGCCUACACCAAGGCCAGGCAGGGAGUCCCCAAGCCCCGUGCCCAGCCCCGUGACCGCCUGCCGCCCCACGGCCAUGCUCACCCUCUCUCUCACCCACCCAGCCCCUCCAAGCCCCUAUACAAGAAGCCGGUGGAGAAGAAGGGCUGUAAAUGUGGGAGAGCCACUCAGAACCCCUCUGUUCUCACCUGCAGGGGGCAGCGCUGCCCCUGCUACUCCAACCGCAAGGUGAGUUACUAUAGAUGUAUUAUGGCUUGGUCUGAAAUAAGUGUUCCCCUGUCCACAUGUAGUUCACUGAUUGUAAAUUUUAAUAAUAUGAAUAUUUAUCCUCCAAGGCAUGUCUGGACUGUAUCUGCCGCGGCUGCCAGAACUCCUACAUGGCGAAUGGGGAGAAGAAGCUGGAGGCGUUUGCUGUUCCAGAGAAGGCUCUAGAACAGACGCGACUCACGCUCGGCAUCAACCUCACCUCCAUCACAGCUGCAGCCCUGCGCAGCCCGGCAACCAGCAACACCCCACAUGGCAACCAGCUCAUCACCACGGCAACAGGAGCGUCUGGGGUGACGGGAGUGUCCUUCCUGUCCGGGGUGGGGGCGGGACAUGAGGACAGGGGGUUUGAUGAUUCGCUGGACAUGAGGUUCGACUGUUGA